AGAGCUCACACCAUAUGUGCCCUGUCCCAGUACGCGGGUCUGUGGAGAGCCGGGUGCGAGAGGCGGCAGCGCGAGGGGAACGGAGCUGAACAGAGACCAAAGUCGGCUGGGGGACAUUGGGUCUGUAAGAGACCGAAUAGAGGGGCUGGGGCUACGAGCGCCGCUGACACACGAUGGGGAAGAAGCAGAAAAACAAGAGCGAAGACAGUGCCAAGGAUGACAUUGAUCUUGAUGCCUUGGCUGCAGAAAUAGAAGGAGCUGGUGCUGCCAAGGAACAGGAGCCUCAAAAGUCAAAGGGGAAAAAGAAAAAGGAGAAAAAAAGGCAAGACUUUGAUGAAGAUGAUAUCCUGAAAGAACUGGAAGAAUUGUCUUGGGAAGCUCAAGGCAUCAAAGCUGACAGAGAAAGUGCUGCAGUAAAGCCAACAGAAAAUAAUGAAGAAGAAUCCACCUCAAAACAAGAUAAAAAAAAGAAAGGACAGAAAGGCAAAAAACAAAGUUUUGAUGAUAAUGAUAGUGAAGAAUGGGAAGAUAAAGAUUCAAAAUCAAAAAAAUCUGCAAAGCCAAAAGUGGAAAUGUACUCUGGGAGUGAUGAUGAUGAUGAUGAUUUUAAUAAACUUUCUAAAAAAGCUAAAGGGAAAGCUCAGAAAUCAAGUAAAAAAGGGGAUGGCUCAGAAGAUGAUGAAGAUAACAGUAAAAGAAUUAAAGAGCGUUCCAGAGUAAAUUCUUCGGGUGAAAGUGGUGAUGAAUCAGAUGAAUUUUUGCAGUCUAGAAAAGGACAGAAAAAAAAUCAAAAAAAUAAGCCAGGUCCUAAUGUGGAGAGUGGGAAUGAAGAUGACGACUCCUCCUUCAGAAUUAAGACAGUGGCCCAAAAGAAGGCGGAAAAGAAAGAACGGGAAAGAAAAAAGCGAGAUGAAGAAAAAGCAAAACUGCGGAAGCUGAAAGAAAAAGAAGAGCUAGAGACUGGGAAAAAGGAUCAGAGUAAACAAUCUCAAAAGAAACCUGAAGAAGAAACUAUAAAAUCCAAAGUGACCCUUGAUGUUGGAGCAGUCCCUACUUCUGAAGAGAAAGGAGAGACUCCCACAGCUGCUGAAGAUGACAAUGAAGGAGACAAAAAGAAAAAAGAUAAGAAGAAAAAGAAAGGAGAAAAGGAAGAAAAAGAGAAGGAGAAGAAAAAAGGACCUAGCAAAGCCACAGUUAAAGCUAUGCAAGAAGCUCUGGCUAAGCUUAAAGAAGAAGAAGAACGACAAAAGAGAGAAGAGGAGGAACGCAUAAAACGGCUUGAAGAGUUAGAAGCUAAACGUAAAGAAGAGGAAAGACUAGAACAAGAAAAGAGAGAAAGGAAAAAGCAAAAAGAAAAAGAACGAAAAGAACGCUUGAAAAAAGAAGGGAAACUUUUAACUAAAUCCCAGAGAGAAGCCAGAGCCAGAGCUGAAGCUACUCUUAAACUUCUACAAGCUCAGGGUGUUGAAGUGCCAUCAAAAGACUCUUUGCCAAAGAAAAGGCCAAUUUAUGAAGAUAAAAAGAAGAAAAAAACACUACAGCAGCUAGAAAAUAAAGAAGUGUCUGAACCAAUAGAAUUAAAUGCUGCUGUAGAAGUGGUAGAACAAGGAGUACCAGAAAAGGAAGAGACACCACCUCCUGUUGAACCAGAAGAGGAAGAAGAAACUGAAGAUGCUGGAUUGGAUGAUUGGGAAGCUAUGGCCAGUGAUGAGGAGAGAGAAAAAGUAGAAGAAAACACGGUGCAUAUAGAAGUAAAAGAAAACCCUGAAGAAGAGGAGGAGGAGGAGGAAGAAGAGAGUGAAGAGGAAGAGAGUGAAGAGGAAGAGGAAGAGGAAGGAGAAAGUGAAGGCAGUGAAGGUGAUGAAGAAGAUGAAAAGGUGUCCGAUGAGAAAGAAGCGGGGAAAAUGUUAGAUAAAAAACCAAGUAAAGAAAUGAGUUCAGAAUCUGAAUACGACUCUGAUGAUGAUCGAACUAAAGAAGAAAGGGCUUAUGACAAAGCCAAACGGAGGAUUGAGAAACGACGACUUGAACACAGUAAAAAUGUAAAUACAGAAAAGCUAAGAGCUCCUGUUAUUUGUGUACUUGGACAUGUGGAUACAGGGAAGACAAAAAUUCUAGAUAAACUUCGUCACACACAUGUACAAGAUGGUGAAGCAGGUGGCAUUACGCAACAAAUUGGGGCCACCAAUGUUCCCCUUGAAGCUAUUAAUGAACAGACUAAGAUGAUUAAAAAUUUUGAUAGAGAGAAUGUACGAAUUCCAGGGAUGCUGAUUAUUGAUACUCCCGGCCAUGAGUCUUUCAGUAAUCUAAGAAACAGAGGAAGCUCUCUUUGUGAUAUUGCUAUUUUAGUCGUUGAUAUUAUGCAUGGUUUGGAGCCCCAAACAAUUGAAUCUAUUAACCUUCUGAAAUCUAAAAAAUGUCCCUUCAUUGUUGCACUCAAUAAGAUUGAUAGGUUGUAUGAUUGGAAAAAGAGCCCUGACUCUGAUGUGGCUGCUACUUUAAAGAAGCAGAAAAAGAAUACAAAAGAUGAAUUUGAGGAGCGAGCAAAGGCUAUUAUUGUAGAAUUUGCACAGCAGGGUUUGAAUGCAGCUUUGUUUUAUGAGAACAAGGAUCCCCGUACUUUUGUGUCCUUGGUACCUACCUCUGCACAUACUGGUGAUGGCAUGGGAAGUUUGAUCUACCUUCUUGUCGAGUUAACUCAGACCAUGUUGAGCAAGAGACUUGCACAUUGUGAGGAGCUAAGAGCACAGGUUAUGGAGGUUAAGGCUCUCCCAGGAAUGGGCACCACCAUAGAUGUGAUACUGAUCAACGGGCGUUUGAAGGAAGGAGAUACGAUUAUCGUUCCUGGAGUAGAAGGGCCCAUUGUAACUCAGAUUCGAGGCCUCCUAUUACCUCCUCCUAUGAAGGAAUUACGGGUGAAGAACCAGUAUGAAAAGCAUAAAGAAGUAGAAGCAGCUCAGGGGGUAAAGAUUCUUGGAAAAGACCUGGAGAAGACAUUGGCUGGCUUACCCCUCCUGGUGGCUUAUAAAGAAGAUGAAAUCCCGGUUCUUAAAGAUGAGUUGAUCCAUGAGUUGAAGCAGACGCUAAAUGCUAUCAAGUUGGAAGAAAAAGGAGUCUAUGUCCAGGCCUCUACACUGGGAUCUUUGGAAGCUCUACUUGAAUUUCUGAAAACAUCAGAAGUGCCCUAUGCAGGAAUUAACAUUGGUCCAGUCCAUAAAAAAGAUGUCAUGAAGGCCUCAGUGAUGUUGGAACAUGAUCCUCAGUACGCAGUGAUUUUGGCCUUUGAUGUGAGAAUUGAACGGGAUGCACAAGAAAUGGCUGAUAGUUUAGGAGUUAGAAUUUUUAGUGCAGAAAUUAUUUAUCAUUUAUUUGAUGCCUUUACGAAAUAUAGACAAGACUACAAGAAACAGAAACAAGAAGAAUUUAAGCACAUAGCAGUAUUUCCCUGCAAGAUGAAAAUCCUCCCCCAGUAUAUUUUUAAUUCUCGAGACCCAAUAGUGAUGGGAGUGACUGUGGAAGCAGGUCAGGUGAAACAGGGGACACCCAUGUGCGUCCCUAGCAAAAAUUUUGUUGACAUUGGAAUAGUAACGAGUAUUGAAAUAAACCAUAAACAAGUGGAUGUUGCAAAAAAAGGGCAAGAAGUCUGUGUCAAAAUAGAACCUAUCCCUGGUGAAUCUCCCAAAAUGUAUGGAAGACAUUUUGAAGCUACAGACAUUCUUGUCAGUAAGAUCAGCCGGCAGUCCAUCGAUGCCCUCAAAGACUGGUUCAGAGAUGAGAUGCAGAAGAGUGAUUGGCAGCUUAUUGUGGAGCUGAAGAAAGUAUUUGAAAUCAUCUAA